AUGCAUGGCCUUUUGCUGAUUGAUCACCUUCGACGGCAACGAAAGACAGAGUGGAAGCGAAGACAAGGGGGCCAAUCUUUCCUCGACAACCUCAUAAUCAACGUCCGAGGAGGCAAAGGAGGUGACGGAUGCGUUGCUUUCCACCGAGAAAAAUGGAAGCCUAUGGGCCCUCCUUCAGGUGGUAGCGGCGGACGCGCCGCAGGCGGGAAUGGCCAAGGGACAUGGCAGAACGGCAAAAACGCACCGCCAACGAUCAUAAAAGUUCCUCUAGGCACAGUGGUACGCGAACUUCUUCCAGGCGACUCACGGCGCGCGAAGGAUGAAUGGGAAGCGGAGGAGGAGUCGCUGGAAGGACUCAGUCUUGAGGAACGCCGUGCGAAGCUUCGGGAUGGCAGAUGGGUGCAUUAUCCGCGGUAUGCGGAUGAUAAUGUCAAUCGUGAUGUGUUCAAACAGGCGGAGGCAGCUUUGUACCGCGAGGAGAGAGCCAGACGCUGGGCUAGGAAACAGAGGCUACUAUCCCCCGUCAAUCUCGACUUGGACAAGACAGAGCAAGUUGUGAUUUCCGAUGAUGCACCUCUCGGAACGGGUCAGCAGGAGUGGCUGGGACAUGUGGUCGCGCGGGGCGGCAAUGGUGGAUUGGGCAAUCCGCAUUUCUUGUCACCCAUUAGUCGUUCACCCAAAUUUGCAACGCGGGGACACGAGGGUGAACGUCUAACGUUGUAUCUCGAACUCAAGAUUCUCGCGGAUAUUGGACUUGUCGGAAUGCCUAACGCGGGCAAGAGCACUCUUCUUCGCGCUUUGACUGGUGGUCGAGCGAAGACUGAGGUUGCUGGCUAUGCGUUUACCACACUUAACCCCAUCGUUGGUGUAAUUCGUGUAGCAGAAGACGGAACUUUCGAAGGCGCUCUUCAGGGUGAAAAUAUUUUCGAUGAAACUGCUAUUGAGGAAGAACGCUCCCGGGAGCGCGAAAUCUCUGACAUAGAAAAUUCCGAAAAACAACUGCGUUUAGAAGAUAGUCCACCUGAUUCCCCCAGACCUGACAUAGAACCAGGUCACGACUUUGACGUUUAUGAGACUUUUCGCUUCACCGUCGCGGACAAUCCUGGGCUCAUAUCCGGCGCAUCAGAAAAUGUUGGUCUGGGUCAUUCUUUCCUGCGCUCAAUGGAACGAUCCCUCGCGCUUGUCUAUGUGGUGGAUUUGUCUCGCCCAGAACCAUGGGACGAGCUUAGAGAUUUGAAAGACGAGCUAGAGAAAUACCAACCAGGAAUGAGUGAUAAAGCUCAUAUGGUUAUAGCGAACAAGGCGGACUUGCUGGGUGGCGAAGGGGAUCAGGACACGGUAGAGGAGGCGCGUAAAAAGUUGAGAAGGCUCGAAGAGUACGUCAAAACGGAUAUGAUCGUGAAGACUCCGGACGGGGAGCGCAUACUCGAUGUCAUUCCUACCUCGGCAAAGAUGAGCCAAAACCUCAAGAAGGUAGUUGUGCUCAUGCAGAAAUAUGUCCAGCAGGCUAGAACGGUAAAGGUUUAG